AUGGCGUGGCUAGUAUUAUAUCCAGCUGUUGCUGCUUUGGCUAUGGUAGUUUUAGUUGUAAUUAUUGUCAUUCUUCGGUUUGGUCCCAGACUAUGUGGGCUAAGGCAUCACGCUCUUCCAGAAAGGACUCACUGGGAUGAUCACAUAUAAACUUAACCGAUUUACUAAUCUCUAAUAACAAUCGAAUAAGAAAACGGAUUUUUAAAUGGUUCAUAAUUUGAAUGAAUAUCUACAAAUUUACGAGAGGUUAAUUACAUUUUAAUGAAGUUUUUGCUUCCCAAUCUGGAUCUGUCAUUUUUUCAAGCGAAUUCAGUGUAAAACGACUUUUACAACUUUAUAUUUAAUUUACAAAUUUAAAAUUGUAUUCUAUAAGUAAGAUAUAAAGUAAAAUAUAUUUCCGUCCAUUUUAUAGAAAUAUUUUUGAUUUUUAUCUAGUAUAUUUUGACAAAGUAAUAAGUAAAUAUAUAUUACAAAAUGAACAAUUGUAUUUCAAAUUUUAUAUGUAUACUUUUUUAAAUAAAGUUUUUUUA